AUGCUCGAUGGUGAAGAAUCCAACGUUGUUCCCGAUGAAGCAUCCGAUUUCAUUAAAUUUGUAAACGAUUCUCCCUCACCAUUUCAUGCGGUCGAAUCAGCUCGUUUACGUUUGGUUAAUGCUGGAUAUGAAGAGAUUAAGGAACGUGAUAAUUGGUCUGGAAAGUUGAAGAAGAAUGGAAAAUACUACUUCACAAGAAAUCGAAGCACUAUCAUUGCAUUUGCUAUAGGUGGUCGAUAUGUUCCUGGUAAUGGCAUCUCAAUUAUUGGUGCACACACUGACUCCCCUUGUUUGAAGCUUAAGCCUGUAUCCAAAAAAGCUUCAGCAGGCUAUUUACAAGUCGGGGUUGAAACUUAUGGAGGCGGCAUUUGGCAUACUUGGUUCGAUCGAGAUCUUAGUGUUGCCGGCCGUGUAAUGGUCGAAACUAAGGUUGAACCUAACGAACGUCAAUUUGAACACAAACUCAUUAAAAUCAACAGACCAAUUCUUCGUAUUCCUACAUUGGCUAUUCAUCUCGAUCCUAGCGUAUCAGAUGGUUUCAAAUUUAAUAAAGAAACCCAUCUGACUCCAUUAAUUGCUACUGCAACAAAAAUCCUGACGAACGGCUCCGAUAAUAACGACAAAAGUGAGAGUUCUACUCUAAAUCACCAUCCGGCAUUUCUGGAUUUGCUUGUUAAAGAGCUUGGUGUCAAAGCUGUAAACCACAUCCAUGAUUUUGAAUUAUGUCUUUAUGACACUCAGCCUUCAACUAUUGGCGGUGUCUUCAAUGAGUUUAUAUUUUCUCCUCGACUUGAUAAUUUAAUGAUGUCAUUUACUGCAUUGACCGCUUUAAUCGAGAGCACAAAUAAUACUGAAACAUUAUGUGAUGACACAAAUGUUCGUUUGGUUGUCCUCUUUGAUAAUGAAGAAAUUGGAAGUAAAACUGCACAUGGUGCUGAUUCAAAACUUUUAGAGACCACUAUUAGGCGUUUAGUUCUAUCAAAUAUUGAUAGUAGUACAUCUGAAAAAGAUAGAAUCUCUGAGGCAACAUUUGAGGAGACAAUUCAUAAAAGUUUCUUGAUCAGUGCUGAUAUGGCUCAUGCCGUACAUCCUAAUUAUUGUGAAAAAUAUGAGGAAAAUCACAGACCACAGAUGCAUAAAGGUGUCGUUGUCAAAGUUAAUGCUAAUCAGCGGUAUGCUACUACGGCCGCAACAUCUCUUAUAUUACGCGAAGCUGCUAAGAAAUACAAUGUACCAUUGCAAGAAUUUUGUGUUCGAGCUGAUAGUCCUUGUGGAUCCACUAUUGGCCCAAUGAUAAGUGCAAAUUUAGGAUUGCGUACCGUCGAUGUUGGGAAUCCUCAAUUGAGUAUGCAUUCAAUUCGUGAAACAGCAGGCACUGACGAUGUUGGACAUGCUAUUAAAUUGUUUAAGGGAUUCUUUGAAGAAUUUCCAAAAAUUGAUUCAUAUGUAGUGAUUGAUUAG